AUGUCUUACGGCGGCAACGACGACUCCAACUACGGUUCCUCCCGCAGGGACAACGAGGACAGCUACGGCACCUCUGGCACCACGGGCUACGGCUCCUCCCGCAACGACAACGAGGAUAGCUACGGCUCCUCCAACCGCCGUGACAACAACACCUCGGACUCGUACGGCUCCUCCACCCGCGACGACAACGACUCGUACGGCUCCUCCGGUCUAGGCCGCAGCGGCAACGAGGACAGCUACGGUUCCUCCACCACCCGCCGGGGCAAUGACGACGAGGACUCGUACGGCUCCUCCCGCAAGACGGGCUCCUCCGCCUUCGACUCCUCCACCUCUUCCAACCUGGCCGGCGCCGACUCCCUUUCCUAUAACGCCUCGCAGAACGGCGGCCGUACCUACGACAACGACGUCUCCGACAGCUACGGCUCGUCCACUAAUCGUCGCGACGACGACGACUCGUACGGCUCCUCCGGUCUAGGCCGCAGCGGCAACGACGGCACCUACGGUUCCUCCACCACCCGCCGCGGCAACGAGGACAGCUAUGGCUCCUCGGGCGCCACGGGCUACGGCUCUUCCCUCGGGGAAAACGACACCAGCUACGGCUCGUCCACCACCCGCCGUGAAAACGACAACUCGGACUCGUACGGCUCCUCCUCCAACCGCCGCGACAACGACGCCUACGGCAGCAGCAACGCCGACAACGACUCGUACGGCGGUAGUAGCGGCGGCGGAAAGGGCGACAGCAAGUUCGGCAAGGUGCUCGAGAAGGCCGGCGACCUCCUGGGCAGCGACAAGCUCGAGUCCAAGGGCCAGGCGAAGCGGGAGAACGCCGGCUACGGCAACAGCAACGACUACUAG